AUGUUCACCCACCGGAACGGGGAACUCGUUGAAAGGCUGGAGUCGACCAAGGAGACGAGCGAGACCAGUUUCUCGCACGAAAAGACAAAGGCGUCGCAAUUCCCCAUCGAGCCCGACACAGACUGCCGGGAGGCAAUGCACAUGGAGAAGGCAGCGCUGGAGUUUGAGGAGGGUGAAUUCCUGGACAUCGAGUCCAUCCGCAGGGACCAGGCGGGCGAGUACGAGUGCAGCGCAGCCAACGAGGUUUCCGCUCCCGACGUUCGCCGCGUCCGCGUCUCCGUUAAGUACGCCCCCACCAUCACCGAGGCUCGCAGCGUCGGAGUCCCCGUGGGCCGCUCCGUGAUGUUGCGCUGCGAGGCGCAGGCCGAUCCCUCCGCAAGCUUCACGUGGUUCAAGGAGGAUCGCAGGCUGCUGAACGGCCUGGCCGGGCUGCACAUCCAGAGCAGCGGGCGCCACUCGCUGCUCACGUUCGUGAACGUCACGGAGGAGACGUACGGCAACUACACGUGCGUCGCCGCCAACGUGCUGGGCGCCAGCAACGCCAGCAUGCUGCUCUACAGCCCGGGAUCAGUGCGUGAUGACAACAACGGUGUCAGUGCGAAGGCCGUGGCGAGCCCGUGGCUUCUCCUCCACGCGACGUUCCUUCUGCUCCUCUUCACCCAGACGGUCUCCUGCAACUAAAAUGAAACGGCUCCACCAAUCAACGCGGAUGACGUCAUCGCCAUCAACAACAAACAUCAAACAGCAAACUUCAACAACGCAUUGUCAACUACAACAACAACAACAACGACGACGACUACGAGGACAAUAUUCACAACCAAUAAGAAUAAUAACAACAAUAAAGAAUAACAAUAAUGCAAUGGUAACAACAACAAAAAAACCCAUCAUAAUGUAGCCUAUUCAUAUGAAUGAUUAUACAUCGUUGAUCGUAAGACCUCAUAUCUAUUAUUCAGGGCUUAAUUUUAUCACGGAAGAGUGUGACGGUUUGUCCCUCUUGUAAGCGCGUGUGGACCUACCACUGCUCCUACUAACCAGUGCUAACCAGCCCAUGGUGACACGUGCUUGUAUACUGGCCGUGGUGUGCCGGGAAUGUGUGGCAAGGAAAAUGUUUUUUUUUUGCCCUGUUUGCCAACAUGGGGUUGAAAAAGGAAGCCCCCUUUUUGUCCCGCAGUCAUCGCUUGAGAUGCAUUGGCCGACAUCAAGACAUCGAAACGCAAUCUCUGUCAAAUUUCCCCCCACUGGGUUCGUUGUGUUUAUCACAAAGUGAUUAUUUUCGUUUGACGAAUGUUCUGGAUAUUCAUCAGAUACUCGGCGGUAACGUACAUCAUGCUGAUGCCAUCACCACCACCGCUCGCCCAUCAGCAUCAACAGCCGUGAUGUAAACCGCUGCAGGUGAUGUGAUGUGUAGAGUACUUGGAGCAAUAUGCAGUUCUGGUCCCUGUAGCUUAAAAUACUUUGUCGUGGGUAGAUUUUUGUUUUCAAUUACAGGAGACCUACCAAUUAUCCGGUUGCAUUGCGGUUGAUUUAAUACUUGUUUUCUUGAGUUGAAAUAAUCUUUAAGGCUACGCUUUAGCAAAAAAAAAUAAGAACAAGAGACGGAUAGAAGUUGUCAUGUCGCAGUUUCACGAUUGGGUUUUUUCGCAUUCUUCAACAAUAAUCCACACAAUAAUAAUUGCAUAAGUAAUAUUGUAGUAGUAGUAAUACUGACAAUGCAUAAUUACAGUAGUAGCAGUAGUACUAAUAAUGUGAAGAUUAUUAUUUAGCAGCAAUGAGAGUCUGAACGGUCAUGAAAUCAACACAAGGGCCGAUCAACACGUGCAGCUGUACACGUCACAGUUGUAGAGGUCACAGCUACAUACGUCAUAUCUCUCCACGUCACAACUGGCGAUUGUUCAGGCCACGUGUUUCCGGGCUGCCCAUUGUGACGUUGAGACUUUGCCAAUCGUGAUUAAGGGGUAGGGUGGGGGGGAGGGGUAGAGGGGGUGGAAAGACUUUAAAGUUACUUAAAUAAUGUUGGUACGUAUGUUCGAAACGGCGAUGCUCAUCAUUCUUACGUGUUUUGUAUUAUACGACAGGUUCCCCACGCACAAAGCGAAACCGCACGAUGUGACAGCUGCCUGCCGAGUACACACACAGUACACACACACACAGUGUCGUAUCUCGGUUUGUAUCUGUGUGGACGUAUUUCUCUGUGGGUAUCUGUGUGUGUGUGUGGGACAGCGGGGAGCGUUAGUGUAGCGGUUAGCGCGCUGCGCUAUGAACCCGGAGGCCCGAGUUUGAUUUCCGUUCACGGCCACCACCAGUGAUUAUUAUCUGAACCGGGUCAUGGGCCUCAACUAGGUUUACUCAGCUUCAAAUUAGUACCUGAAGCCGUGUGUAAAGUCGGUCGGGCAUGGUUAUACAACGUACCGGCCUACAUAGGUGCAGUCUCGCGCAACAGCACUUGUCCCAAGAGUCUGUCAAGGCUAUAGGGGUAUAUUUGUCUUUGUGAGUCCGCUGCCUGCCGGGUAGUGCACACGCUGCACGCACAAUGUUGACCCACGUUCGACCGCAUAGCCGCACUGUGAGCGAAUUCAACACGCAUAUAGCGAAUCUUGGGUAGAAAUAGGCGAGCCGAAUUGACGUGAAAUCCCACAAUCCGAAUAACCCCGCAGAGAGCGAGGGGGUUGCGAGUCGAACUGGGACCCCGAUAUCGAAGAGAGAGAGAGGGGGGGGGGUAGUUCUUUCCCAUUAUAAACAUCGGGGAGAUCCAGCGGCGUUGAUUCGUGCGACGCUGACUACCGCUGAUAAUACACUGAAUGUCGAAAACCGAUUAUUUUGCAACCAACACGCUACGGAAGUGGUGCACUCCCAGGUAGUCCCCCAACCUUGCGGCUGAUCGGAUGCGUAUAAUCGAUUGUUUUUAGCGUCCGUGUGGAUGGACAGAUCAGAUGCGUGGAGAAGGCGUGUAAUGCCCGCUUAUUGUUGUUGUUACCGAAGUACUUUUUUAAGUAACCUUAAAGCCUUUCGGGUUGUUUUUUUUACAGCUGCGUUUUAAUUUCAACUACAACACGUGGCCACUAAAACGCAGUCACCUCUUUCAACCCCCCCCCCCCCACGUAACCUAUAAAGUUUUCAUUCGUGUAAUAAGGAAGUAUAAUCACGUGUUUUUUUGUUCUUUAUAACAAUAAUAAUAACAUUCAUUUAUCAGUCCACCGCGAAGUGGAAGUCGUUCCACCCCCCGUCUCCCCACGUCUCUGUGCGCCCGUCGUUGGGGGGGUUGUUUGACCAUACUUCACCACGCCGGUCGGUGCGAGAUGCUGAAGCGGCGAGGGACAAGGGCCCACGACCGCUUCCCAGAAUCCCACUCGCCACUGAUGUGAGCCGCGCCUGGGAAUCGUACAGAACUGCCGCUGGCCAAGGACAUGGCAGUACAGCAAGUUGGGGGAUCGUGAACCCGUCCAUGUUAAAGAGAGAGAGAGAGAUAGAGAGAGCCAUAUCCACGCUCUGAGCGGAUGGCAUCCCCCACCGUCUGCAGUUCCCCUAUCCCCCAUCUCACAAAGGCGAACUCUAAAUUCAUUCGAAUUGGCCAACCACGGAAGUUCCUUGUCUCUCAACAAGCGGCACGAUGCAUCGUCAUCAUCGCCAUCAUCAUGCUCGUCAUAUUUUAAAGGUUGCAAUGGUGAAGUUACUUCACUGGACACGGCCGUGCUAGACGUACGUGUCUGUGCGCGUGUUUAAUGUUGAGUCAGAGAUCACGUGACCCACUGAUCUGUCCGACAAUAAAUAAACUCGCUCACAGCCCCAAAUCCCCUGUCCACACGUCCACCCUGACCUUCCCCCCAAAAAACUGAUAAAAAUUAUAUGAAUUACAGCUUCGUUCAGGAUUCAAGCGCACUGCGCUACUGGCUCUUGUUCAGAGGCGAUUAGGCCCUCACGUGAUGAGGUCUCGUCAUCGUAGUGGCUGCUACCAUCAUCACCAUCAUCACCGUCACGCGUGGAAUCUUGAGUCGCAGACAUUUUUAAUCUAAACAACGCGUGCUGAUUGUAAGCGUGGAGAAGGAGGGCGACACCCGAGGGACCCGGAGACAAAUCCACGCGACCACCACGGGAAGAGAGAGAGAGAGCGAGAGACCGCGCGGACACCAAUAUAUACAAACAGGCACCGCCAGGGUAGGGAAUCGAACCCACGGGUCUCAUGCGUACCGGGCGGGGGGGUGAGGGAGAUGCCAUCUCCUCGCCACCACUACCGCGCCCCAUUGAGAGUGAAUAACCUGACCACCCACGCUCAUUGCAAGCGAUUGUCAUGUAAUUCCUCCAGGAUAUGUAAAGAUUAUGAGUCUGACAUUUCGCUGAUCUUGGGCCACGUGACGACUUUGACAGCGGCUAAAGAGCGAUGCCACAUCGGGUGGUACCCAGCGAGUCAAAUAUCGUGUCAGUGGACUCAUGGGCUCAAUGGGAAGGAAGACUGAACGAGUGUUCAUAUAUUUGGGGGGGGGGGGGCACGAUUGAGAAAUCGUACAGAGGGAGUGGCAGCGUGGGGGGACUGCGGUGUGGUACCUCCGUAGAUGCCACAGCGAAGGGGGGCGGGGGAUGAUAACGGCACGAGGUUGAGACGUCUACGCCAAUGGGGUGAAGGGUGUUGAAGCGAGCCCAACGUGGGAUGACUGCGGUAAUGUUACGAAUCACAACGUGACCUUCGGUGGUGGUGGUGGUGGUGUUGAUGCGGGCUGCUGAGUUGUCAGUGGUGCACAAACAACAAUAUUCCAACGUAUUUGUCAAUAAUGACUCUGUGGCUUAUUAAAAUAACAUGUAUAGUGGCGACGUUACGGGCAAUGGUCCUCUUUAAGUGCUACGACGAAGUGUCAUUGCCCGAAACGUCGACUAUUUAUUUUCCUUUCAAAGCCACACACUGUGCGUUGACGAAUGUGCCGGUGUGGUUUCACCUUCCUCGAGACAACACAUUCCUCAUUCUGAAUAUCAAACACGAAACGAUUCGUUGCACGCCCGCCGCACGAGCCUGAUGAUUGGUAAACGCGCCUUCACACGGCGGCGGCGAACAGAGGGCCGCGUCAAAUGCAGCCGAGGACCGUGGGGAGCGGUGGCGCAGCGGUUAGCGCUACGCUGCGCUACGAACCCCGUGACCCGAGCUCGAUUUCCGCUCUUGGCCAUCGACACCGGUGACGAUUAUCUGAACCGAUCCUGGGCCUCCCCUAGGUCAACUCAGCCUCAAAUUAAUACCUGUUGCAGUGUGUAAACAUCGCCACUAGGGAGACAAAGGCGGCCGGGCGUGGUGCUGGCCACCCACCCCCUCGUGUGCCGUGUUUGACCUUCAUAGGUGCUCGCUAACAGCACUUGUCCCAAACACUCCCAUGAGGCUGAACGGGGGAUCUUUGCCUAUUGCGCGCGUGUGUACCACGUGACGCAGCGCGAGACGCGUUUACCAAUCAUCGGGCAAGUGCAGCGCGUAACGGACUCAACUGGCGUUGAAAACGAUGCUUCUGGAGACGUUGAAAAAUCAUUGCAACGUUGGCCCCACGUUCAGCUGAACGUUGGGCAAACGUUGGCGUUGUUCACUGCGCGGUUCGUAAAGGCGAAGUGGAACAACAUCAAGAACAAACAUGAACAGUCGCAGUGGACCCGUCAACAAACGGCUUUAGCUUCUGAUGCUUCCCUGAACGGUCGUCCAUUCAUUGUCAGUGACGAUGAGUAUGCAAAAGGCAACAACAACAACAACAAAAUGUACAUACGACGAUUUGUACUUUGAUUUGCGCGUGUUUUUAUUUGUUUCAUCGCUCCCACCUUUGAUGUCUUCGACCUGUUGUGUGCACGUGGUGGUCGGGGUGAGGGUUUGGAGAUUGUGUUGGUGUUGCAGCGCCUUGCGAUCAAUUCUCGCCGCGUGUUAGAAGCUCCGAGGCUGUUGUGAAACCGGUCGCGGAUUCGAUUGCGUCUUCAUUUUUCGCCCACGGAGAAUCUCAACCCUUAUCUGUGUAUCGCAUCUGUCUGUCGAUCUAUCAGUGGUGUAGUGAAUACAUUAUCAGUGGGGUUGCGGCAAUCGGUAGAGGCACCCCCCCCCCCCAAAAAAAAUAUAUAUUUUAUUUUUCUCGCAGUCGCCAAACGUUACUGCUCGAAUUUCAUGAAAUUCAAAUAUAACGUGGAACGUGAUUGACAGCAUUUCUAUCAAAACAAUAUAUACAUGUAAACCGCGUGUUUAAAUAAGUGUAUUGUCCUUUGACACUGUUGUUGAAAACAAAUCUCAUGUUGGUUGUCAAGGGGGGCCCCCCCAACUCGUAGCUUUGGCCAACCGCGACUGCGAUGUGAUCUUGAGCGCUGUGGGAACAACAGACCAUGGCGGGAGUGGUGGUGGUGGUGGUGGACAGAAUUCGUUCACCCUACGAUGCGCAUGAACAUCAUCAGCAUCAUCGUCAUCGUCGUCAUCAUCUCCCCGUUCAGAUGCCCGGGCUGGUUAGCGCUCAACUACAGGGUGCUUCAAAAUAUUGUUUUAACACUUCUGAGAAUUUGCAACGACACCUACGAGAAAUGUUUGUGCCUCCGAGCUCUGGAGACCACCCGGAGUAGAUGAUUCCAGGCACGCGUUGACAACGAUGGCGAAUAAGUGGGGAGACUUUUUGAAGCUAUUAACAUCGCAUUUGUUAUCAUGUUACUUACUGUGUAGUAUAUUAUCCGUUAUUCUUCCAUUUAAAACGAUAGUCCCGGAAUAAGUGUGGUGACAUUUUGUGUUAAGCACCGUGUAUUGCUGAGCAGUUUGGGAUAUUAGACAUCCGCGGGAGCGGCUCGAGAGUAUUCGCGUCUCGCUCCGAGUGGUCCCUUCCCCGGGGGUUUCGCUCCUGCUUCCGCAGAUUUCGCUUCUCACUUCCCUGCACCCCCCCCUGCACCACCCUCUCUUGUGGAGUAGAUUCGAAUAGCGACUAAUCCAGAUAAUACAAUUGCGUGCAUAUUAAUCAACCACUCAUCGAUUAUUUCCCGCGCGAAUUGGUGCAUGCGUCGCGAGCGUAAAGAAUCGAUUAAUCAAUCGAUACGAACUCUAAUGUUCAGCAGUGUUGAAGUUGGUGAAGUUCAUGAUAUUAUUAAUAAUGUCGAUAUGGAUAAUACUGGUGCGUACCGGAGUGUGUCUGUGUGUAUGUGUCUGUGUGUCUGUGUGUUUGUGUGUAUGUGUGUAUGUAUGUGUGUCUGUGUGUUUGUGUGUCUGUGUGUAUGUGUGUCUGUGUAUAUGUGUGUCUGUGUGUCUGUGUAUAUGUGUGUCUGUGUGUUUGUGUGUAUGUGUGUAUGUAUGUCUGCGUAUGUGUGUCUGUGUGUCUGUGUAUAUGUGUGUCUGUGUGUAUGUGUGUCUGUGUAUCUGUGUGUAUGUGUGUCUGUGUGUCUGUGUGUAUGUGUGUCUGUGUGUCUGUGUGUCUGUGUGUAUGUGUGUCUGUGUGUAUGUGUGUCUGUGUGAGUGCGGUUAUAAAACUAUAUUCAGCUCAUAGAAAGUUAAUUCUGUCAUAAUUUCUUAAGUACGAUUGUCUCUAAUCGGGUGCCUCUAUUAGAGCAAAGAAUUAUUCUUUAAAAUACGUUUUUUCAAAACACCCGAUCUUAUCUUGUAACUACACACGUUUAGGCAGGCUGAGUUACAAGGAUGUCUAAAACUACGAUCUACAAUUAAAAGAAGCAAUCUGGAGUUUAAUAGCGGCACGAUACCAAUUCCAUAAAAAAAAAUAUGGGCAAAGUAAUGAAAACUAAAAAUAAAUAAUUGGGGACUUUUGAUCCCGAUCCGCCUUCAAUAAUUGCGUUCCAGUUCAAAUUGCUCCGCUGCUGCGUUGGCAGUGCCACACAAUCACAAUUAACAAUACUAACUCAUUACAUUGGUCAAUAACUUUGCCUUACAAAAACAGAUAUAUAUAUACAUACACACAAUAGGCGACGUUUCGGGCAAGGGCCUCUUCUUCAUAGCACUUACGUGCAUAGCACUUGUGACGCCACUGGUUGAGACAUCACCAGCGAGCUCCUGAGAUUCACGUUCCACCGAUAACAUCAACAGCCAUGCUCAAUCCACUGCUCCACCGCUUGACAGUGAUGCUUUUCUCCCUCCCUCCCUCCUUCCCCUCCACAUUUAGAAUCAACGUCACGCGUUGAGAGUAUUGGGCUCAUCUUCGUGGUUCUUUCGGUAAAGUCACGUAGAAGGGAAAUAAUAAAAUAAUAAAUAUUAAACAAUAUAAAAUACAAUUCUCACGACGUUUCGGCCACAACGCAAGCAGCCGUCCUCAGGUGAAGAACAGGGCUGUCGGAAAGACAGCGUCCGAAUGAACACCACCAAGCUUGGCAGCGUAUAUUUAAGCUGGGUUAAAGGAGGAGGGAGCCUUGACAAAGGAAUUUGCAUAUCAACAGGAAUGUAUCAUAUUUAUGGUAAAUGCAGAUAUGGGAUUAUUCACUACUUGUGGAAUGUGUAGGUGAUGGGGGAGUCUCAAAGUCAUAUUAUGCUCGUGUAUUAUGUAGGAUUAGCAGUAAUAAAUGUCCACGUGGUGACGAGCCACUUCAUUGACGUAUCAUUUGUGGCCAGGUUGCCUCUGGAAAAAAUAAAACUACGUAGCGGCUCUAUGCCUAUACAAUACAAAAAAAAUUGCUUAAACUAGCUUAAUAAAUAGCUCGUAUAGCAAGUUGUGUAGAUACAAGAAAAGAGAGACGCAAGGAUAUUGAUUUGUUCGUGCGUUGGUUUAUUUUCUCAUCGAGAGGUCUUGUUUUUUUUCCAAUCUUAUCAUUGUACCUCUCCGAGCUUUUCGCGAUUUCAAUCGCCGCCGUAGUCCUCACGGUCGGUGCAAUCUUGUGGUGAAACCGGGCCUCGAUUCCUUUGACCAGAACCAUGAGAAACAAACUGUCAAUCGAUUGUCAAUGUCUUAUCGAGUCGCAACAACAACAACAACGGAGAUGCAGUUGGCGACGAUUCGCCGUUGUCUGUAAUGAGCUCGAGCAUGGAUGGACAAAAAAAAAACAACUUACUAUAGAGAGAACUCCAGAGCUUUGAUAAUUCACUGGUCAACACACUUUUUCUGGCAUAAGGUAUUCCAACGGUUAUAAUGUAAUUUUGGGGUGCUGAUUCCAAAUCUGGCAUCAGUUUUUGUCUAUCACAUCAGGUUUUUGAGGUAUCAAAUAUUGCAUUUUCAAUCAAAACUGCAGAAGAAAAAUAUUAAAUAAAUGUGGAUAUCUACAUAAAAUUAUAUUAUAAACACACUAUAAUAACACUAAAGCAGUCACUGACUCGCAACAACUUGCAAUCAUAAGUGACAGAGUUAAUUUCGGGUAAAAUCAAUGAAAAUGGGGUAAUGCCGAUAGCAUAAAAAUGAGAUGUGAUAGAGCAAAUCUGAAAACAGAUUUGGAAUCAGCACCCUGAAAUUAGUCUAAAACAGCUGCAAAAGUCCAGGCCAGAAAAAAAACUUUUUUUGUUGUUGACCAGUGUAUAAUUGUUCGUAGUCCCAGCUCCCCACCCGGCUGUUACUGCCGCUGCUGCCGCUGCUGCCACUGCUGCCGCUGCUGCUGCUGUUGCUGCUGCUGCCGCUGCUGCCGCUGCUGUUACUGCUGCCGCUGCUGCUGCUGAUGCUACUGCUGCUGCUGCUGCAUGUCUUCCAGCUUGGCCUGAGAUUCCUCAGCGAUUGUGAUCUGCAACUUGCAUCACCUACGACUCACUCGAACGUAUGAAGCAUCACCAUUAUUAGCGAGCACCUAUUACGUUAGCCACCACCACACCACCACGCCAUCGCUUCCUUCCUUUUGCCAGUUCAAAUUCGUUUUCCUGCAGUUGCCAUGCGCCUGAGCUGCAAGGUUUGUUCUUAGUCACCAACAUCAUUCGGAUAUUUUUUAAAGUCCACGGCACGACCGAUGAAGGCCGGAAAGUCACGUGAGGGGGUGGUGAGCCAGCGCCAUGCGCCCGGUCAACUUUGUCUCCCGCGUGGCGAUGAUGCCACACCGCCUCGGAUAUUCAUUUGAGGCUGAGUCGACCGAGGGGAGGCCCAGGAUCGGUUCAGAUAACGGUCACAGGUGUUGGUGGCUGUGAGUGGGAAUCGAACUCGGGUAGCGCAGCGCGCUAACCGCUACACUACCGCUCCCCCUCACUAUGUAGGGACACACGCGGACAAAAAUGUGCGCACAAUAUCACUAACAUCACCUUUCUUAAUCCAGGAUAGUGUUUUUGUUUUCUUAGCCUCGACAUAAUAAUUUGCGCUCUUAACGUUUGGCCCCUUUGCAUUGCAAUUCUCAGGAAUUGCGCUCGAUUAACAUACAUUUAAGGGGGAAAAAAUGCUAUUUCAAUAUAUGACAUGUUCUCUUGGUUCUGGUCUCCAAGGUUCUGUUACCAUGUGUAUAUAUAUAUUGAAGGUCUGUCCACAGUACAUAUGAACACAAUAUAUGUAUGUGUGUGUGUAUAUGGAGACGGACAUAACUUGUGGGUGAUGUGUGUCCGCGCGUGUAUAUUAAUACCGUUAUUGUUAUAUAGAGACACUGAACUACAGUACGAUAUAUAUUACUGAGAAAAUCCCCCACCAACAUCAACCAUCCACCCACCCACCUAACCACACGUUUCAUUCAUUGGACAAAGCAUCUCUUCCCAUCCGAAUCAACACCCCAAACAUUCCUAUUCCUGCUCUGGCCGCGACAGUCCAAGUGGUUUCAGAAAGUCCGUUCCUGUGCCCCAAAAGCUUUUUGGCGAAUAUCUGCAUUUUAGUCCCAGGUUUAAGACUCAUUCUUAACUCGUGAUCCAGGCAAAGGGCGGAGCUAGCCACGUAGUGGGCGGGGCAACCCCCGUAGUGGGCGGGAUAUCCGAGUUGUGGGCAUGGCUGUUUGAACAGUGGGAGGGGCGAUCGGAGUAGUGGGCGAAGCCAACGUCCAAAUGACCAAAUGCGCUCGCUGCGCAUGCGGUGCUAGUGGCAGAGCGGGCGUGACUUUAUAAAAGUGGGCGGGUCUUAGGGAGGGGUUGCCUAGCUUCAUCCACGUGUCCCGGUUGAGCCUCCCAGAAGUGUGGUAGCUUUACGGACGCCCCUUCAUAUUGCUAUCGAUCAAACACCGGGAAGUGGUUAUCAAUGUUCGUUUUGUGUUGCCGUGGUUGUUAACUUAACGUGGCUUCUUGCUGCACGUGAAGCGCUGCGGUUGAAACUUCCAGUUUAGCAGGGGGCGAUCACCUACGUGACCUUUCCAGCAUGGGGUUCGAGUUGCAGACAGUACAGAAAGAAGGCAGAUUAUCUACUUGCCCUUUCUCCUUUAUAUAUAUAGCGGACGUUAUGUGUUAUUCCCGCUAUAUGUUGGGCCAUUCUCCAGGCGCGCUAGUUUUCUUGCCACACGCAAUAAAGGCAUUGACCUCA